AUGUCGACUACAUCAGAAAUUCCAAACCUGGAAAUGCUGUACAAUGUAAUAGAAAAAAGGGUAAGAGUUUUGGAAGCUGCAUUUACGUCACAGAAGUCAAAGAAUAGUAAACCCCACGUUCUUGCUAUUACUAAAGGCGAAUCUUGUGCUCAUUGCAAUAGAGAAGGCCACACAAUUCGGAGAUGCCGAAGUUUUAAAAGUAAAUCGGACGCGGAGAAGUGGAACAUCGUGAAAGACAAGAACUUGUGCUUCAACUGUCUUCAAUCGAACCAUUUUACCAAGGAAUGUCUCGGCGGUACUUGUCGUGUAUCCGGUUGUAACUCUAAACAUCACACCUUAUUGCAUCAAGCUAUUAAUCAAUCGAAACCUUCAUCCGCCUUAGCUGCAUUAUUGGGACGUGCGGGCAACGAAAUAUUUCUCAGUACUGUCAGAAUCAACAUAAUCGAUGCUAGAGGUAGAAUUCGUUGUGCACGUGAGCUCAUAGACUCGUGCAGUCAACAGAACUUCAUGACAGAAGCAUUCCUUAAGAUACUUGGUCUUCAAGCUCAAGAAUGCGACAACGUCUUCGUUGGUGUGGGAAAAAAUGAGAGUCGUGCAUAUCACAUGGUAACUGCUAAGUUCAGAUCUCGAGUCUCUAAAUUCUCGAAGACCACAGAUUUCAUCAUACUAGAAAACAUCACCGAACUGCUUCCAAAUAGCUACAUCAACAUCAAAGACUGGAAUAUACCAACUACUAUUACUUUAGCUGAUCCCAACUUUAAUCAACCUGGAGCAAUAGACGUCCUUCUAUCUGCAGAGACAUUCUUUGAAGUUCUACAACAUCAACGUCUCAAUCUUGGUGCAGACAAACCUAAGCUUUUCGAUACUUCGUUAGGCUGGAUCGUAGGGGGUACCUUUACCGAUUCCAGUACCGUUCACAUGUGUUUAUCAAAGCCAGUAGGAUGCACUGUCGUCACACAGAAGACAUUGAGCAAUCUUCUUGAGUCAUUUUGGUCCAUCGAACAGUACGAUUCAGACAUUCGUCAUCUAUCAGCGGAAGACGAAUUUGUGGAACGUCACUUUUCUGAAACCUAUAAAUUAGAAAAUGGCAAAUUCGUCGUAGAACUGCCCUUCAAAGAAGAUCCUGCGAAAUUGGGGAGUUCAAGGAAAAGAGCCGAAGCAAGCUGGUUGUCAACUGAACGUAAAUUCAUCAAGAAUCCCGAAUUAAAAAAGCAAUAUCAUGACUUCAUGCAAGAGUAUCUGUCUCUUGGUCACAUGAUGCUAGCUCCAGCACCGGAACUCAUUCGUUACAUUAUGCCCCAUCAUUCAGUAUUUAAAGUCUGUGCAGACGUGAAGAAGAUUCGUGUUGUUUUUAAUGCAUCAUCCAAGACCAGCACAAAUAUAUCACUUAACGACUGUAUGCCUCCUGGUCCUCGCAUCCAAGACGAACUUGUUAAUAUACUACUUCGAUUUCGGUCUCAUCCUAUUGCACUCAACGCAGACAUAGAAAAGAUGUACCGACAAAUCCUCGUGCAUCCUAGAGAUCAGUUGUUCCAAGGAAUAGUUUACCGUCCAAACAUUACAGAACCUAUAAGAAUUUAUCAACUAAAAAUGCUAACAUAUGCUGCUAAGGUUGCAGUCAAUUCUUUCUACAUGGACGAUUUCCUCAGCGGUUCCUCCUCUGAAUCCGAAGCUAUCGGUGUACGAACCCAAUUACAAGACAUGUUGCAAUCUACCGGUUUUCAUAUUUGUAAAUGGUCAUCUAACAGUCGUAAAGUCUUGCAAUCAAUUCCUGACCAUCUCAGAGCCAUUGAAGAUGAACUGAAGAUAGACACAACCGACACCGUCAAAACCUUAGGACUUGUUUGGCAUCCCUCUUCGGAUACUUUCAACUUCAAAUCUACACCGUUCAAUGAAAAGGUUACGAAGAGAACUACCUUGUCCGACAUUGCAAAGCUAUUUGAUCCCCUUGGAUUCGUGUCACCCAUCGUUAUUUUAGCAAAGCUAUUCAUGCAGUUACUUUGGACUGAAGAAGUUGAUUGGGAUGAACAAUUACCUAACUCAUUAAUGGUUAAAUGGUUGCAUAUCAAGCAUAAUCUGCAAGAAGUCUCCUGUAUACGAGUGCCAAGGUGUAUAGUGACCACAGAUACCCCAAAACAGUUUCAUCUGUUCGGAUUUUCUGAUGCUUCGAGUCAAGCUUAUGGAGCUUGCCUCUACUUAAUUGUAAUUUACGAAAAUGAAACCAUCACUUCACGUCUAAUUUUAUCCAAAUCAAAGGUAGCGCCCUUGAAGACGCAGUCAAUACCUAAACUAGAACUCUGUGGAUUCCUGAUGCUGAGUGAUUUACUGGAAAGUAUCAAGAAAACAUUAAAUUUAUCGCUCACAUCAAUCAAAGCAUUCACCGAUUCCACAAUAGUACGAUUUUGGUGCAGAAAGGAAUCAUUCCACUGGAAGGUGUUCGUAGCAAAUAGAGUUGCAAAAGUCAGAAACAUCUUAAAGCAAGAAGAAAUCCAUCAUGUUCCUACUGACCAAAACCCAGCCGAUCUCAUCUCUCGAGGGGUGGAAACUUCAAUACUUAAGGAAAGUGAAUUAUGGUGGCAUGGCCCACAAUCUCUGAUACGACAACUCUUAUACGACAAUGAAAUCAAAACUGAUCCAAUCUUAACAUCCGAAGAUGAGAAGCAAAUUCAAGGAGAACAGAAACCACACUUAGAAAAAGCCGUAAGAGUUCUUGCAUACGUCCAGAGAUUCAUCAUCAACGUCAGGAACAUUGCAGCACGAGAAUUACGUUGGCAACGAUACUUGAAAUACAGUGAACUGUUCGCGGCUAAACUUCUUUUCGCACGGCAAGCCCAACUGCAAGAAUAUGAAGAAGAGACUUUGUAUUUACAGAAAGGUUUUACCAUCGCGAAAUCCAGCAAACUAUUGUCGUGUAACCCUUUCUACGAUGUCAAGAAUCAAGUUUUGAGAGUGGGUGGUAGAUUGGAACACAGCGAUUUACCUUUUUCACGAAAGCACCCAAUUAUUCUUCCACCAAUGCACCGCUUCACAAGACUUUUGUUUGAAUCGCAACACAGAUUUCUACUCCAUGCCGGCCCAUCAUUCCUACUAAGUCACGUACGUCGUCAAUGGUGGCCUAUCAACGGCAAACGUGUUGCAACAUCUGUUUACCGUAAGUGCGUCAAAUGUUUUCACGUUAAUCCAACUGAUAAUUGUGGUCAACUUAUGGGAAAUCUACCUGCAUCCAGAGUCUGUCGGCCUUCAAAGGUUUUCAUCAAUUCAGGUUGUGACUAUGCAGGGCCUUUCUUCGUCCUUCAACAUCACGGAAAAAGAUGCAAGACGUUCUCGAAGGCGUAUGUAGCUCUCUUCGUGUGCAUGGCUACCAAGGCUGUACAUCUUGAAGUCGUAACCGAUACCCGCACUGAGAAGUACAUCGCCGCUUUAAGAAGAUUUAUAGCUGUUCGUGGAAAAGUGGCUGAAAUGAAUUGUGACAAUGGCUCAAACUUUCAUGGUGCCGAUAGCGAAAUGAAGGAUUUCCGUCAAAUGCUCAAUUCGGUUAAGACUAAAGAAGCACUAGAAAAAACGUUUAGUGAGGAUGGGAUCAAAUUCAAUUAUAUACCAGGAAAUUCACCACAUAUGAGAGGAUUAUGGGAAUCUAACGUAAAGGCCGUUAAAUAUCAUAUGAAACGUAUAAUUGGAAAUUCAAAAUUAAACUUCGAAGAAUUUUAUACACUUAUCAAGCAGAUCGAAGCAUGCCUUAAUUCUCGUCCACUUUGUAAACUCACAGAUGACCCUGAUGACAUGCAAAUAUUGACUUCGGGACAUUUCAUCACAGGGGAUUCCAUGGUCGCUAUCCCUGAACCAGAUUACACUACCGUUCCAUGUAACCGACUUAAACGGUUUCAACUAGUCCAAAGCAUGUUCCAGAAUUUUUGGAACAUUUAUCGUAAUAUCGUCUUUGGAGAUCUGCAAGUACGAACUAAAUGGAAACAGCCUAAAGAGAAUUUGAAAACUGGCGACCUUGUACUUGUCAAGGAUGACAAUCAACCACCACUGCAAUGGUGA